CUCGCGUAUAAUUUCUCGCGCUGUGAUUGGCUACGGCGGUAGGAGGAGUUUGGGCCGGGGAGUGGGGCUUGUGGCGCUGAGAGACCUACCUCAUUCUGUUUGGCGCUGCUGGAGGUGUCGGAACACGGGAGAAGCCAUGGUGCUGCUCCACGUACUGUUCGAACAUGCGGCCGGAUACGCGCUCUUUGUGGUUAAAGAAGUGGAGGAGAUCGGGUUACUGAUCCCACAGGUGGAGGAGAGCCUGCUGAACGUUGGGAAGUUUAACAACAUCGUGAAACUCGCCGCCUUCUCGCCAUUCAAAUCUGCCCAAAGUGCCCUGGAGAAUGUGAAUGCCAUCUCAGAAGGAGUCCUGCACGAGGACCUGAAGCUGCUGCUGGAGACCAACAUGCCGGCCAAGAAGAAAAAGGCCCUGCUGGGAGUGGGUGAUGCCAAGAUCGGCGCUGCCAUCCAGGAGGAGCUGAAAAUCCCCUGCCAGACUGGAGGUGCGGUGGCAGAGAUCCUGCGAGGAAUCCGCCUGCAUUUCCACUCACUGGUGAAGGGGCUGACAGCUCAGUCGGCCUCCAAAGCGCAGCUGGGAUUGGGCCACAGCUACUCCCGGGCCAAGGUCAAGUUCAACGUCAACAGAGUCGACAACAUGAUCAUCCAGUCCAUCAGUUUGUUGGACCAACUGGAUAAAGAUAUCAACACAUUCUCCAUGCGGGUCAGGGAGUGGUACGGCUAUCACUUCCCGGAGCUGAUCAAGAUCGUGUCGGAUAACUACACCUACUGCCGUAUGGCCAAGUACAUCGGCAACAGGAAGGAGCUGAGCGAGGAGAAGCUGGAGGAGAUGGAGGAGAUUCUGAUGGACAGUGCCAAGGCCCAGGCUGUGUUGGACGCGUCCCGCUCAUCCAUGGGGAUGGACAUCUCCCCCAUAGACCUGAUCAACAUAGAGAGCUUCUCCAGCCGAGUGAUUUCCCUGUCGGAAUACCGCAAGGAGCUGCAGGAAUACCUGCGAUCCAAGAUGAGCCAAGUGGCGCCCAGCCUGUCUGCCCUGAUUGGAGAAGUGGUUGGUGCCCGUCUUAUUUCCCACGCUGGCAGCCUGACCAACCUCGCCAAGUACCCGGCCUCUACGGUGCAGAUCCUGGGAGCGGAGAAGGCUCUGUUCAGGGCGCUGAAGACCCGCGGGAACACGCCCAAAUACGGGCUGAUAUUUCACUCCACGUUUAUUGGCCGAGCAGCCGCCAAGAACAAGGGGCGGAUCUCUCGUUACUUGGCCAAUAAGUGCACCAUCGCCUCUCGUAUAGACUGCUUCUCAGAAAUCCCCACUAGCGUCUUCGGGGACAAGCUGAGAGAGCAGGUAGAGGAGAGACUGGCUUUCUACGAGACCGGGGAGGCUCCGCGCAAAAACCUGGAUGUAAUGAAGGAGGCACAGCAGGAGGCCACAGAAGUUGUAACCGAGAUCAAGAGAAAGUUGGAUAAGAAGGAAAAGAAACGCAAGAAGCGGGAAAAGAGGCAACUGGAAGCGCUGGCGGCGGCACAGGAGGCGGAGGAAGAGGAGGAGCCAACACAGAAGAAAAGCAGAGAGAAUGGAGAGGAGGAGGAGGAGCCAAAGAAGAAGAAAAAGAAACGCCAUGCUGAGCCAGAAGUCUCCGAGAACGGGAUGGAAGAGGAAACGCCGUCCAAAAAGAAAAAGCAAAAAGCCGCCGCAGAAGAAGCGCCUCAGAAACCCAAGAAGAAGAAAAAGUCCAAAGAGGAGAAUGAGAGCUGAUAUGGGGGCGACCCUGUUAGAGACUCUGCGCCCCCCAAUGGCGCACACACAAACUCCAUCACAUCAUUUCAUAUAUUUUUAUUUACGUUGAGCCGUCUGUGUUGGCUGAGAGUGGGGCCCCCCUGCCCUGAAGCCUGUGGAUAAUUGGGGGGAGGAGAUUGUAUUUGGGCCAAUUAAAGUUUGUAUAUAAUGUA